CAGAUGAGGAGGAGGAGGGCAGCGUUCCGGGAGAAUGCCCCGCGCCCUGCUGCGCGACCUGAACGCCGCGCUGUCCUGCAUGCUGUGCGGGGGCUACCUGGUGAACGCGGCUACGCUAAUCGACUGCCUCCACUCCUUCUGCAAGGUGUGCAUCGUGCGCUACCUGGACACCAGCAAGCUGUGCCCCAUCUGCGACGUGCCCGUCCACAAGUCCAGGCCGCUCAGCUGCCUCAGGGUGGACAAGACUCUGCAGGACAUCGUCUACAAGGUGGUUCCGGGACUCUACCAGAGGGAGAUGAAGCAGCGCCGGGAGUUCUACGACCAGUACCCCGACGCAGCUGCCAAGGUGUCGUGCCUCGAGGACCGCGGCGUGGUGGACGGCUCGACCAGGCUCAUCUUCAGCCCCCAAGACACCGUGAGCGUGUCGCUGGAGUACUUCACCGGCCCGACGGAUACCGGAGAGCCGGAAGACGAUGGCAAAGGCGGUGCUGCCGAGGCUGCUGAUGGCGCGGGCAAGGAGGACCGGAGGCAGCGUCGGUUCCUCAGCUGCCCUGCUGCCUUCACCGUCAACCACCUGCAGAAGUUCCUCCGCACCAAGUACGCCCUGUCACCCAGCCUGAAGAUUGACAUCCUGCACAUGGACGACGUUCUCUGCGACGGUUACUCGCUCAUGGACGUGGCCUACAUCUACGCCUGGAAGAGGGAGUCUCCUCUCCGCCUCGCAUUCCGAGUGUACCCCCGCCCUGCAAAGCGGCCGACCCUGACGGAAACGACGACUGAGGACGCGGCGGACGUCGACGCGAAAGGCUGGAGCGGGGACCCGGGCGGGCAGCGACAGUGUCCCCGGGUACAGCUGACGGCGCCCGGUCGACCGGUGCCGGAGUGUUUGGCGGCGGCCAGCGUGGAGGAAGGUGUUGCCCAGGGCGUCGCGGGUCCGAAGACGGGCGCGGGACCUCCCGCGCUGGUGCCGCGGGACGUCCGGCAGGAGGAGGAGGAGGAGGAAGCUGCUGUUCGGACCGUCGUUCCCGCUGCCGAGACGCGCCGGCCGACGACGCCGGACGGGUCAGUGCCCGAAACCGAAGCCUGGGACGUCCCAGAUUGGAUUUUAACCCUGUAG